UCACUGAUGUUGGGUAAUGUAGAACUACACCGCCGGGAAAAUAAGUCUUUAAAAAUGUCUCGAAAUUGACAGUUUUAUUUAAAAUAAUUCUACAAGUACACCUGGUUGUUCUUUAUCUGCAUCUCCGUGUCAUUAUACAAAAAAGAAAAGUCCAGAUGUCAUCUAAACUAACAGCAGUCUUACAAGAAUGGAAAAGCCUGGAAAAGGAUUUUCAACAACUUCAGGAGAACCAUCGGCUGUAUAUGCAGAAGCUGGAAGAAGUCUCCAAGCUCCAGAACAGCUUUACUGCCUCUAUAACUCAGCAGAGGAAGUGCUUAAAGGACAUGUCUCAUUCUCUAAAGAAAUGCAGUAAAGGAUUAACAGAAGAGGAAACUAAAUGUCUGGAAGACAUUAAAGGACACCUCCAUGAAAGGCCUGCCAUUUUCCAUCAAAUGGAGGCCUUUCUUCCUAAGAAAAAUGGGUUAUAUCUCAAUCUUGUGCUUGGAAAUGUCAACAUCAAUCUUCUCAGCAAGCAAUUAAAGAGUGCCUACAAAGACGAAUAUGAGAAAUUUAAGCUCUAUGUGACUGUAAUCCUGCUCCUGCUGGGGUUCGUCUGUCAGUUUUUAGUCACCUACAGAUUUGUGGAUGUGCUGCUGAACUUUCUUCUGGUCUGGUAUUACUGCACUUUAACAAUUCGUGAGAGCAUCCUCAUCAGCAAUGGAUCGAGGAUUAAGGGCUGGUGGGUGUUCCAUCACUACAUCUCAACGUUUCUAUCUGGGGUCAUGCUGACGUGGCCUGAUGGUGAGCUCUACCAGAUGUUUAGGAACCAGUUUCUUGCCUUCUGCUUGUAUCAAAGUGUUGUGCAAUUCCUUCAGUACUACUACCAAAGUGGAUGCCUUUAUAGACUAAAGGCUUUAGGGGAAAGACACAACAUGGAUUUGACAGUGGAAGGAUUUCAGUCAUGGAUGUGGCGAGGGCUGACCUUUCUGCUGCCCUUUCUAUUCUUUGGUCAUUUUUGGCAGCUUUUCAAUGGCAUCUCCCUCUUCAGAAUGGCUCAACUUCCUGAAUGUAAAGAGUGGCAGGUGAGAUAUUUCAAAAGUUUCUGUGUGUGGGAUUUGCUUUUGGUUUUAUUUACAGGCAACUUCUUAACGACACUCGCCGUGGUGCAUCACAAACUGAAAAACAAGAGUCAUGGAAAAACCAAGAGUCCAUAAAGUUAUUUAUGUCUAGAAUUUAUCCUUUAAUGCCAAACGUUUUUUGACAAAUUAAUCCACACUCCAUUUUUGACAUAAGAGCAUUUGAAUGAAAAUGGAUAAUUCCAAAUAAAAGCCUGUUCAAAAUGAA